CGAUGGUGGAGGGAGUCAGGGAGGAGGAGGAGGAGGAGGGGCAGCAGCAGCAGCAGGGGGGAAGGAGGCGGGUAGCGGUGUAGCGCUGAGGGCGGCAGCGGCGGCGACGGAGGGCGCUUCGGCAACGCCUGUCGCGGUUGUUGCUGGGGAGGUGAAGGCCUCCAAGGCUGCUACGGCGGCCGUAAAGGGUGCAUCGGGCGUAUCGACAUCAGCAGCAGUAGCAGCCGGGAAGGAAGCAGCGCAUGCCUCGACGAAGACGGCUGUGACCGGGGAAGAGGGGGCCCAGGCCGCAGGAGGGAAAGGGAAGGGGGGUGCUGCGGUGGCGCCUUCUUCGCUCCGGCGGUCGCGGCGGUUACGACAUGGCUUGCGGCGGCAUGCAUGAAACAGUGCUAUGAUGGGGGCUGGUGUGGUGUAAGGCGGCGCCUAGGUUAGGGGCAUGUAUGGUAUGCGGUGCGGCCAUGGUGAAUUCUUGGGGCUGUCGUCUCUUCCGUAAUUCACUACCGGUAUUCCUGAACGCGAUCCGCAUGUCGUGAGCCCCUCAGGGACUAUGGCAAUCUAGCUUCGGUUCUUGGUCUGG